AUGGUUCUCGUGCGCAGCGGGGUUCGAUACCAGAGAGUACACGCAGGCCCGGGCCCUGGAUGGAUACGAAAUAACUUGGAUCUGCAUGCAAUUGCGAUUUUGCUUGUAGUGGAAUGUAAGCGGAACGCUGCUCAUUGGAAUAAUAGCCCAGCCACUCUGACUUUUCAGCGGUGCCCACAUAGCAGAACCUUAUGCCUUCGUCUCUUUUCUCUUGCCGACGGGCGAUCUCGGCUUCCUUGGCAUCUGCUGUCCGCCGACGGUAACGAUGACGUUCCCUGCGACGUUCGAAACGAGAUUGGCUCAGUCACUUCCACCCUUGGCAGCGCCCACAUGGCAGAGCCCUACGACGACGUAUCGGUCCUUUUUGCCGACGGCGAUCUCUGCUCUCUUGGCAUCUCCUCCACCACGUCUGUUGAGGACGAGGCCCCGUUGCAAGCAGUGGUGAUUGGUUGUCUGCUAGCACUAUGCUUCUGA